CUUGUCUCCUGCAGCCGGGAGCUCUGCUGCCAACAUUACAGCAGGAGAGAGAAUGUGCAGCUGCCGCCUGCUGGACUGGAACAUGUGGACCUGAGUGGAUGUAAAGCGGCUGCAGACCUACAGUGUGAUGCAGCUCUGUGAUGGGAGAGGCAGCCGAGCAGGAUGGGAAACAAGCAGACAACCUUCACCGACGAGCAGCUGGAGGCGUUUCAGGACUGCACCUUCUUCACCAGGAAAGAGAUCCUGCGGUUACACGGCAGAUAUCGUGAGCUUGCUCCACAUUUAGUGCCGCUGGAUUACACCAACAACCCUGACAUCAAAGUCCCGCUGGCGCUCAUCGUCACCAUGCCGGAGCUCAAGGAGAACCCGUUCAGAGACAGGAUCGUGGAGACGUUCUCCGAGGACGGACACGGGAACCUCAGCUUCAACGACUUUGUCGACAUGUUUUCAGCUCUCUGUGAAACUUCACCCAGAGAGCUGAAGACCAUCUACGCCUUCAAGAUCUACGACUUUAACAGGGACAGCUUUAUCUGUAAGGACGACAUGAAGCGGACUCUGAACAAGCUGACCAAAGGAGAGCUAACUCCAGAGGAAGUCACGCUGGUGUGUGAUAAAUCCAUCGAGGAGGCCGACCUCGAUGGAGACAGCAAGCUCUCCUUCUCCGACUUUGAGAACAUGGUGUCAAAGGCUCCUGACUUCCUGAGUAACUUCCACGUCCGAAUAUGAGACGGCAGCAGAGAUCCUGCAGACGACAGACGUCUCACUUUGACUCCCAGUCCAGCCGGGCUUCGCCUCGACUCAGUGCCUGUUCUUUCUAUCUAGGGCGAAGAGUCUUGAGAGUCGGAGGCACAGAAGCACAGGCUUUAACAGCCAAUUCAGCAUCUUACAAACAUUUCAGAGGGAAGUUGUUAAUGCAUGGAAACCUUCUCUUUAGUAACAGUUUGGAGGCGGACGAGGAAACCAAGACGGGGCUACUUUUAUACGAGGAGAGCGUCUCUCAUGGACAAACGCUCCGCAGAGUGAACUUUAAGCUUUUCUGACUUCAGUGCUUUGCAGAAAGGCCAGAUCCAUUGACUGGAUUCUUUUAAAAAAGCACAGUUUUAAAGGGCAAAACAGUGAAGAGCUAUGCAAUCUCUGUGAAGUGCAUGUUGUGAGUUGCUUCUCGCCGUGGGUUCUCUGUUGGUAUCGUGACUUGCUCUGGUGCAUAAUGACAAUCAUUGUAAACUGUAGUUCAGUUGAUGGAAGGGCUCUCUGUCAUCUCACCUGUAAACUCUGGCUUUGAUAAAUCUUUUCCUGCCGCCAACAAACUUUCACUCGUUCUACAGAUGUGAAAUAAAAGAUUUUUCUGUUGCUCCAUGAAGCUUCUUCAGAAAACUGAUCCUGUAACAUUAGACCCGAGCCGAGAGUUCAAACAGAGUUCAGGCGCUGCAGACAUUUUAUAUUUUACAUUAUUAUGAGACAAAUAUACUAAACAUCCUUGUUUCUGAAAAGGUUGACCUCCUAAAACACAACUUCUGCCAAAGGACAGUUUCACAUUUUUAAGUCUAUUUUAAAGGAAUUUCUCACCCUGAAAAUCAUCAUCUGUUUAUAGGUUACUUCUCCGUGUUUCCUUGAACUCUUAAAGAAAAUUUGGUUUGCCUCCAUAAUGAACGAAGAAUAAAAGAAACUUAUGAAAUUCUUGAAAUACGGAACCGGAGCAUUUUAAUAUUUCUUGAAAUAAUUUCCAAGAUUAAAGUUGUAAAUUUAAUAGAAAGAAUACUUCUUAUUCUGUGAGAUUAAAGUGGUUAAUUUAUGAUAAAAACUCAGAAAUGUACAAGAACAAAAUAUUCUCUGAGGUUUGAGAUGAUACAUUUACGAGAAAAUGUCACAAAUUUGGGAGAAAAAACUUUAGAAACAAAGAUUAAAAAAGGAGAAAACGUAAUGAAUUAAAGUAAAUAACGUAAACACUGAACGAUCAGUUUGUUCUCUGUGUGAGCUCAUUUCACAGCUGGUUUAUUCACGAAAACAUCGCAGCCAUCUGAUUCAGUGUUCCUGUAAAAACUACAGGUUUAACCCUUUAGAGGAAGUGGCUGAUUGAGCUGAACAUCCUCCUGCAGCAGCAGCUGGUGGUUUCAGGUUUCACCUGCUAUCUGAUGAAACCUGCUGUCUGCUGGACCUGGUGUCUGCUGGACCUGCUGUCUGCUGG